CUCACGUUUUGCUGUCAGGCUACGCAAUUUCCCAUUCUGCUUGUCCACCUUUUUCACAUAUUCCCAUAUAUUGGCAGAUACAGGCCUGGAUCAUUUUGAUUAGCCCAAUCUUUUGCCACAAAGAGCGUGGUCAAGGCUCCCCGAUCCAGCACUGGCCGUUGGUGUGCCUUGCCUGUGAUCUCGAACCGACUAUCCUCUGCCGGACGCUUAUUCUCCUGCUUUGAAAUGCCCAAUUAUAGUCAACACUAUGACAGAAACAAGACUAAAUCUCGAAGACUGGCUGGAUGACCUGUGUGUCCGCUUCAUUAUCAACCUUCCCCGAGAGGAGCUCGAAUCUGUCGAACGUAUUUGUUUUCAAGUCGAAGAAGCACAAUGGUUCUACGAAGACUUCAUUCGGCCCCUCGACCCGGCCUUGCCUUCCCUGUCCCUCAAGGCCUUCGCCAUGCGGAUCUUCCAGCACUGCCCGCUGAUGUCUCAAUGGUCAGAGUAUCACCAUACGACGGCGUUUUCCGAGUUUCUCGCAUACAAAACUCGGGUGCCUGUGAGGGGUGCUAUCAUGCUGAAUGAAACGAUGGAUAAAGUGGUGCUUGUGAAAGGUUGGAAAAAGAAUGCUAGCUGGAGCUUUCCUCGAGGGAAAAUCAACAAGGAAGAAAAGGAUCUGGAUUGUGCUGUGAGAGAAGUUUUUGAGGAGACUGGCUAUGACUUGGAAGCAGCAGGUCUCGUCAAGGAUGACAAACACAUGAAACAUAUCGAAAUCACUAUGCGGGAGCAGCAUAUGAAACUUUACGUCUUUCGCGGUGUUCCUAUGGAUACCCAGUUUGCUCCUCAAACGAGGAAAGAAAUAAGUAAGAUUGAAUGGGUCAAUCUAUCUGACCUUCCUACCGUCAAAAAGAAUAAGCAAGCACAGCACGAUGCCGUCAAUGCAAACAAGUUCUACAUGGUGGCGCCAUUUCUUCAUCCUCUGAAAAAAUGGAUCGCUCAACAACGAAAACUAGAAGCCAAAAACAAUGUACUGGCUCUUUCGCUCAACUACACAGAAGGUGAAACAUCCAUGGAUGAAGGAUUCGUGUCUGCCAACAAUGGAUUCACUCCAAGGAAUGCACAUAUCCAGCCUGCUGUUCUCAGUGACUUGCCGGAAGCCACAUCGUCAGAAGACGUUUCGUCACACCUGAAACGUCUUCUUAACAUAGGAGGUUUGGUGCCGAAUAUACCCUCCGCGGCUCCGGCUGCACUUGCCGACCCAUCAAAGUCGAAUGCUUUGCUAUCGCUAUUACGGAGCGGUUCUAACGAAGUUGCAAGUCAGAGCGCAUCUGGACAUCUAUCAAACCUGCUAGGAACGAUUCCGCAAUCUAACGCUCCCACGCACCCAGGACCUGAUUAUCGACAGUCUCUCGGCAUUCCUAAUCAGCCGCUACCUACUGGGAGUCAUAUACCUCCACAAGGAGCUCCGCACAUACCACCAACCCCAAUCCGAAACGUUGGCGACUUUCCACAUUCACUCAACAAUGCUGUUCCAUACUCAGCCAAGCUACGGCAACCCGAAAACCAGAAUGUCACCACUUACGGACACCCGCUGCCUCCUGGAAAUCACCCCUCUCAUUUACACCACAACCGAGUAAUUGCUGCGCCAUCUAACCCCGGACAGCAGCAUACGGUGGCACCUUAUCAGCGAACUGGGGAUCCUGAGUUUGCACAGCAGAUGAACACGGCCCAAUUCCAGGGCCCCACAGUACCACCAGCCAGCAAACUACCCCCUCCGAAGCUGACAAGUCAUUCACUGGCUCUUUUGAACGUUUUUAAAAGCCAGUCGCCUACACCCAAACCAGCAGUCCUGUCACAACCUAAUACUGAUCAAUCAGCACUGCAUCCCCAAGACCAGCUUCUAGCUCUACUCAAAAACUCUGCGAAUAAACCUUCAGGAAAGCCUGCCGCAGAACUAGCCGCUCAACCAAUACAAUCUGCCCCAAUACAUAUUUUGCAACGCCCGGCUGUGAGUACCAAGGCGGCAGCGAAUGUAAAGGUUGACAGGGCUGAAGAAGAGGUCCUCACUUCUGCCACAGUAUCUGGUCCAUUGAAGACUCCAGAAUUUGGCCGGAAACGAAACCCACACAAGGAGGCCAAUGGCGCCAGCAUUAAGGCCAACAAAAAGCCAACAGCACCAGCGUCUCCAAUUACGAUUUUGCCGCGGCCGUCAGUUGGCAGGAGGCAUUCCCCAGUCUCGUCAGAGCAGACAUCACACCCUUCUUCACGCUCCCUUGUCGAACAGGGAAAUAUCUCAGAUACACCCAAGAAUUUCCAGCCACAGAUUUUGCGUCGUUCUCAAAAAAUAGAUCUUGAAAGCGUUCUUCCCACUCGAACAGUACCUGUUCAUGAGCUAUCUCACACGGAAAACCUAUACGCAACCGGGAGUAAAGUUAAAUCAAGCCAAGACAAAAUUCUUCAUCCGGACCGACGUCCUAGUCAAACCGCGGCACAGAAAGAAGCGUUAUUGAAUCUUUUUGGGAAAUCCCCUAGCGACCGGCCUUCGCAUCUAGUCACACCAGUUGACCGUCCUGUCUCUAGGAACCAUCUAGAUGUGACCUCAUCCCCAUCUCUUUCAGGCCCUGAAACAAAUAUCCCCUCCAAUAUUUCGAGGCUGGGAAGUCCCUCAGGCAGUGCCACUUCAAACCCGGCGGCUCAUCGCGUAACAUCGCCUGAUAAUAAGGCGUUUUUGCUGGGUUUUCUGCAGAAUGUGGCACAGGGCAAGAAAUAACUUAACCUGGCUUGUGAUAGCACUACAAGCUUUACUUAGUAAUGUUAAUGUGGCUUAUUAUUACCAAUUAUAUUAGUAUAUUUCCAUAAUGUAGUAGGGAAAUGUGAUGGCAUUCGAUUCAAAGACAUGUAUUGAAGUUCAUGAUUUACAGCUGCUCG